CCGCCCCUCUACGGCAGCAGCUGGUUCCGGCCCGCUCACUCGCGGUCCCGCCUCGCUGCAGGAGCGUCCGGAGGACCGCUUACCCGGGGAGCGCGGAGUUUGGCCAGGGUCCUCGGUAGCUCCCGGCUGUGUGCUAGCAAAGCCCCACUGUGAGCGGGACACGUGACCAUCAAUAAUCAUGAAGAACCCAUUUGAACAUCUUGCUGAGCCCUUGGACCCUGCACAACCAGGAAAGAGAUUUUUCAAUUUGAAUAAAUUGGACGACUCAAGAUAUGGACGCCUACCAUUUUCUAUCAGAGUCCUCCUGGAGGCAGCCAUUCGAAACUGCGAUGAGUUUCUGGUGAAGAAAAAUGACAUUGAAAAUAUCCUGAACUGGAAUGUCAUGCAGCAUAAGAACAUAGAAGUGCCGUUUAAACCAGCCCGUGUCAUCCUGCAAGACUUUACGGGCGUGCCAGCUGUAGUUGAUUUUGCAGCUAUGCGUGAUGCUGUGAAGAAGUUGGGAGGAAAUCCAGAGAAAAUAAACCCUGUCUGUCCCGCUGACCUUGUAAUUGAUCAUUCCAUCCAGGUUGAUUUCAACAGAAGGGCAGACAGUUUACAGAAGAAUCAAGACCUAGAAUUUGAAAGAAAUAGAGAACGAUUUGAAUUUUUAAAGUGGGGUUCCCAGGCCUUUUGCAAUAUGCGGAUUAUUCCUCCUGGCUCAGGAAUCAUUCACCAGGUGAAUCUGGAGUAUUUGGCAAGAGUAGUAUUUGAUCAGGAUGGAUGUUAUUACCCGGACAGCCUCGUGGGCACAGAUUCACACACUACCAUGAUUGAUGGUCUGGGAGUUCUUGGUUGGGGUGUAGGUGGCAUUGAAGCAGAAGCUGUCAUGCUGGGUCAGCCCAUCAGCAUGGUGCUUCCCCAGGUGAUCGGCUACAGGAUGAUGGGGAAGCCCCACCCUCUGGUAACAUCCACAGACAUCGUGCUCACCAUCACCAAGCACCUCCGGCAAGUUGGGGUUGUGGGCAAAUUUGUGGAGUUUUUCGGGCCGGGAGUGGCCCAGCUGUCCAUUGCUGACCGAGCUACGAUUGCCAACAUGUGCCCCGAGUAUGGCGCGACUGCAGCCUUCUUCCCCGUUGAUGAAGUUAGCAUUGUGUACCUGCUGCAGACGGGUCGUGAGGAGAACAAAGUAAAGCACAUUAAAAAGUAUCUUCAGGCUGUAGGAAUGUUUCGAGAUUUCAAUGACUCCUCUCAAGACCCAGACUUCACUCAGGUUGUGGAGCUAGAUUUGAAAACAGUUGUGCCUUGCUGCAGUGGACCGAAAAGACCCCAGGACAAAGUGGCCGUGUCUGACAUGAGAAAGGACUUUGAAAGCUGCCUUGGGGCCAAGCAAGGGUUUAAAGGUUUCCAAGUUGCUCCAGACCAUCACAAUGACCAGAAGACAUUUAUCUACAAUAGCAGUGAGUUCACCCUCGCUCAUGGCUCUGUGGUCAUUGCUGCCAUCACCAGCUGCACAAACACCAGCAAUCCAUCCGUGAUGUUAGGAGCAGGACUGUUAGCCAAGAAGGCUGUGGAAGCGGGGCUGAGUGUGAAGCCUUAUGUCAAGACCAGCCUGUCUCCCGGAAGUGGUGUGGUCACCUACUACCUUCGAGAGAGCGGAGUCAUGCCUUACCUGUCCCAGCUGGGGUUUGAUGUAGUGGGCUAUGGCUGUAUGACCUGCAUUGGCAACAGUGGACCCCUUCCUGAACCUGUGGUGGAGGCGAUCACUCAGGGAGACCUCGUAGCUGUUGGAGUACUGUCUGGGAACAGGAACUUUGAAGGGCGAGUCCAUCCCAACACCCGGGCCAACUACUUAGCCUCUCCCCCAUUAGUAAUAGCGUACGCAAUCGCUGGGACCAUCAGGAUUGACUUUGAGAAAGAGCCUUUGGGGGUUAAUGCACAGGGCCAGCAAGUAUUUCUGAAGGAUAUCUGGCCAACUCGAGAUGAGAUCCAGGCGGUGGAGCGGCAGUAUGUUAUCCCUGGGAUGUUCAAGGAGGUAUAUCAGAAAAUAGAGACGGUAAACAAAAGCUGGAACGCUCUAGCAGCCCCAUCAGAGAAGCUGUACGCCUGGGACCCCAAGUCUACAUACAUUAAGUCACCGCCGUUCUUCGAAAACUUGACUUUAGGUCUCCAGCCACCCAAGUCUAUAGUGGACGCCUAUGUGCUACUAAACUUAGGAGAUUCCGUGACAACAGACCACAUCUCUCCGGCGGGGAACAUUGCAAGAAACAGUCCUGCUGCUCGCUACUUGACCAACAGAGGCCUGACGCCACGAGAAUUCAACUCUUAUGGCUCCCGCCGAGGAAAUGACGCCAUCAUGGCACGGGGAACAUUUGCAAACAUUCGCUUACUGAACAAGUUUCUGAACAAACAGGCACCUCAGACUGUACAUUUUCCUUCAGGAGAAAGUCUUGACGUGUUCGAUGCUGCUGAGCGGUACCAGCAAGCUGGACUUCCCCUGAUUGUUCUGGCUGGCAAAGAGUACGGUUCGGGCAGCUCCCGAGACUGGGCAGCCAAGGGCCCCUUCCUGCUGGGGAUCAAAGCUGUCCUGGCAGAGAGCUACGAGCGAAUUCACCGCAGUAACCUGGUCGGAAUGGGGGUGAUCCCCCUUGAGUAUCUCCCCGGUGAAACUGCAGACUCUCUGGGACUCACGGGGCAAGAACGGUAUACUAUCAACAUUCCUGAAAACCUUAAGCCGCGCAUGAAGGUUCAAAUAAAGCUGGACACUGGGAAGACCUUCCAGGCCGUGAUGAGGUUCGACACUGACGUAGAACUCACUUACUUCCAUAAUGGAGGCAUCCUGAACUACAUGAUCCGCAAGAUGGCCCAGUAGGUACUGGCCUCUCAGGAGACCCACCGUUGGUGCUAGACCCAACGAGGUACCAGGCCCCAGCUGGCGGAGGCCUGGUAACGCAGUCACCUCUACCUCUAGGGAGGGGCUGCCAAGAUGAGCAAGGGGGCACUGCCAUUCCUGGAGACACAGCCAGGAGUUUCUACAUUCUUGAUUGUUAAUCUCUUCAUGUUUUUCUAUAAUUUAAAAUCUAGAAUCAUGGGAAGGUCGGUAAUACCAAGAAGAAAACUACCUUGUCUUUAAGAUACUGAUCAUUGGACAUUGAUUUUCACCCUGACUAAUCUUCAACUGAACACUAACCAAUAUUCUCAAACAGGUCUCUUACCCUUUGUAUUGUUCUUCUCUGUUCUCUGCUCAGUGAAACCUUCCGCAGAGAACCUGUUCCUCUGUACAUUACACCAGUGUUAACUGACAUAGCAAGAACUUCAUUAUGUUCAAAUCAUAGCAGUGACGUCAUCCUCUCCUUCUAGAUGAGCCAAGACCUGGUGGAUAGGUCAACCAUCAAAAGUAUGUGAUUUAUGUACCUUCCAAUCAGCAUGAGAGAGAUCACCUUUUACCAUUUUCAACAUUUGUUGAGAGGGCGCCUUUGUUUGACAGUAACUGGGAGAGAGACGGGAUUUCUAAUUUGGAUAAGAUUAAAUAUAUUUUCAUGAAAA